AUGCAUGACCCAUUCCCCUUCGAGCGCCCUGAGUACCUUGUCAAAUAUGUGCAGCCCCUCGCCGACGCCCUACACCUGCGCACGCUGUCCCUUCACUUCCACGAAGUAGCCUUCGCCUACGCGCUCUACCACAUCACCAACAAGCACAUCUCGCCCGCCUUCAGCCGCUACUUCUUCCCCACUAUCUACCCGCAGUUCAACGCGCGCACAAAACUCAACUGGGACGUGCACAUUGUGUCGUUUGUGCAGAGCAUGGUCAUUUGCGGCUUAGCGCUAUGGGUUAUGUGGAAUGACAAGGAGAGGGAGAGUAUGGGAGGCGUGGAGAGGGUGCAUGGGUAUACGGGAGGCACGGGGCUGGUGCAGGCUUUUGCUGGAGGGUACUUUUUGUGGGAUCUGGUUGUCACGGUGCAAAAUAUUGGCGUGUUUGGCGUAGGGAUGCUGUUCCAUGCUAUUAGCGCGCUGUGCGUCUUCUCGUUGGGCUUCCGGCCCUUCGUAAACUUCUACGCCCCAACCUUCAUCCUCUACGAACUCUCCUCCCCCUUCCUCAACGUCCACUGGUUCUGCGACAAGCUCUCCCUCACCGGUUCGACCCUGCAACUCAUCAACGGCAUCCUCCUGCUCCUCACGUUCAUGUCUUGCCGCCUCUUCUGGGGCACAUACCAAUCCAUCCGCGUCUUCAGCGACAUCUGGACCGCGUACCACGCCGGGCCCGUCACCUUCCUCGACCCGGCCAUCAAGAGCUUCGACAACGCCACAGCCAUCGACGUUGGCGCCACCGAGCGCACAGAUAUACUGCAAUUCGCAGACGAUCAAACCGUGCCCCUCUGGCUCGCCUUCGCAUACCUCGUUUCCAACCUGGUACUGAACGGGUUGAACUGGUUCUGGUUCACCCAGAUGAUCAAGACGCUGCGCAAGCGGUUUGACCCACCGCUCGGCACGAGACGCGCGGAGAAGCCAAAGCAUAUCGACAUCCCCGAGAAAGAGAAGGUGCUGGUUGAGGGAAUUCAUGUGGCGACGCCGGGUGUGGGGGCUGAUGGAAGGGUGUUGGUUCCGGAGCAUUAUGGGAUUAAUGGGGAUGGAGAGGUGGUGAAGGUUGAGAAGAAGACGACGCAUUUGGAGGUUGAGGGGAGGGAAGUCAGGAGCCGGACGAGUACGAGGAGGAGAGGCUGA